CGAUCGGGCACAGCCCGUGUCCAUGGUCAGUGGGAGGAUCUAACGGCAGCGCUCCGCUCCUCCACGGCCAGCCAAACACUUCAACACACUGCGCCAAAGAAAAAGGAAACCUUCAGCGCUGAAACUUCAGUUUGAUAAGAAGUGAUGGCAGCUAUUCGUAAGAAGCUGGUGAUUGUAGGAGAUGGAGCCUGUGGAAAAACCUGUUUGCUCAUUGUGUUUAGUAAAGACCAGUUUCCAGAGGUCUACGUGCCCACAGUGUUUGAAAACUACAUCGCUGACAUAGAGGUGGACGGCAAACAGGUGGAGUUGGCUCUAUGGGACACAGCUGGUCAGGAAGACUAUGAUCGGUUGAGGCCAUUGUCAUACCCAGACACAGAUGUUAUUCUGAUGUGCUUCUCUAUAGACAGCCCAGAUAGUUUAGAGAAUAUUCCAGAGAAAUGGACGCCAGAGGUAAAACAUUUUUGUCCCAAUGUUCCCAUCAUCCUUGUGGGCAAUAAAAAGGACCUGCGAAAUGAUGAACACACGCGCAGGGAGCUGAUCAAGAUGAAACAGGAACCUGUAAAACCAGAGGAGGGCCGUGACAUGGCUAACAGGAUCAGUGCAUUUGGAUAUUUGGAGUGUUCAGCCAAAACUAAAGACGGAGUGCGUGAGGUGUUUGAGAUGGCCACCAGGGCGGCGCUGCAGGUGCGCAAGCGCAAGAAGAGAAAUGGCUGCCUACUGUUAUGAGCCGCACGCUGAAACACACACACACACACACACACACACACAUACCUCCAUGUUCCUUUCAGCAACUGACCCCAGGAGAAAACUACAGUACCUGCCGCUCCCCACAGUUCUCAUAAUCCAGGAGUGGAUGACAAAAAUAUUUAUAAAGAAACCGAAGUGUGUGUCAGUAGCUUACCCAAUACUUCUCCAUCCUG